ACCUCUGCCUACCCCUUCGGGGAUAAAUGUGAUGUUAUGUUGGCAGUCAGAUUGAAGGUCGCAUAAAAAUCUGCUACCAGGGUCCUUACUCUUGAAUCAAUUUCCGAUCGAUCGUCGUUAUUGUGAAAUUUGCUACUCUUAAGUUGCAACACUAGCGCCCAUUGCAUCCGUAUUGCGAGGAUAUUGAACGACUAAAUGGUUAUUGAGUUUGGCUUUAUAUUCCAUACUCUUAAUGUUAUUUUAACAGCUUCGAUUGGGGUUCUAUAGUGUUGACAUUGAAUAAUUGUAUAUUCUCUACGAGACCACGACGGCGAGUAGACGUGCCUGAAUUGCAAUAUUUAUUUUUAUUCAUGUAAACAUUUAGUCAAUAAAGUAUUGACCUAGAUUAUACAACAUUUAGUAAAUUUUGUUUAGUUUGUAAUACACUAUGUUACAUAAUUAAACGCAAACAAUGGCUAACAUAGAAAAUAGCCCUUUCAAUCGGAGUUCGAAAACGUGUCGCAGCCCUCCCAGCACUCCGCAACCCGCAGAACAUGCCGCCGAAGAGACCUUGGAAGCACUCUCGACCAGUGACAUUAAGGGUUGGAUGGUGACAAUAGAAAAGGCUCUCAAUGAUGUGUGCCAGAUUGCUGCAGAGGGUAAGUUGAACUCUGAGCAAAAACUUAAUAUUAACACUCUGGCACGAAGGGUCGGAAAUGGAGUCUCCCAAAUGGCGAUCCACUAUCAGACCUUAAAACAAAGGGCUUGCCAGAUAAAAACAUCUCUGGAAGCCUUAAGAGAAAAGGAGGACCUUGCUGCUUGCCUGAACGACUUUAAAAAGUCAAUUAAGGAGUCAAUCCAAGAAAAUUGCAGUAAACCUGUGGCUCAAAAUAUGUCCUUUGCUGAUAUAUUAAAGACGAACAAAUCAAGUGUCCUGCGACCCUCUAAUUUGAAGUCAAUCGCAAUUUAUCCGAACGAUGCACUAAAAUCCAGUGACGAAACCAAAACGCUCGUGCAAAAGAUUAUUAAUCCAGAGCAAAUGAAAUUGCACGUUAGGGGUAUGAGAAAAACAAGGAACGGAGGUGUAAUAAUUAGCACCGAAUCAAACGAGGACAUUGAAAAACUCCGUCGAUCAAGCCAGCUGACCAGUUCAGGCCUGAAAGUCGAAGAACCUCACAAAAGAAGGCCGCGAAUAAUAGUAGUCGGCGUGCCCGCAGCUCUUCGAGACCAAGAGGUGUUCGAUUCAAUUUACGAGCAGAACCUGGCCGAUAAGAUGCCUAAUAUGUCGCGAGAAUCAUUCCUGUCUUGCAUCAAGUUAAGCCACAAGUCAGGGAAAAAAGACGCGCCCACAUGCAACUUUAUAAUAGAAGUCCCAGCCAAUGUAAGGAAAGCUCUCAUAAAUCAGGAGAGAAUCUAUAUCAACUGGACUUCCUGCCCUGUACGUGACUUCACUCUCGUAACCCGAUGCUUUAAAUGUCAGCAAUAUGGGCAUGCUGCAAAAACUUGUCGCGAAGUUACAUGCACAUGCGGACAUUGUGGAGAACAAGGGCAUGAGACUAAAGACUGCACUAAGAAGGACAAGCCGCCAAAAUGUGCAACAUGCUCCCGGUUCAAAAAGCCAAGCAGUCACAAAACUGGGGACCUUGAAUGCCCGGCAAAGAAGACAGCAGAAACGAGGUACAUUAACUCUAUUGACUAUAAUGAGGGCGCCUAAGAGCGCCACCUUUUAUAUUAUCAGUAGCACUAGUAAUAUUUAGAUAGUUUAAUUUUAUUUUCUAUUGAUUGAUUAAUAUUUUUGUAAUUUAUAUGGCUAAUCAAUUGAUUAAUGAUCUCGAUGACAAUGCAGUAUAUUACUCAAAAGUUUCUGAAACAGAAAAAUGCAGACAUUAUCUCGCCGAUUUCAAAAGUCCUUUAACAAUACUAACUCAAAAUAUUCGCAGCAUAUAUAAAAACAUUGAUAGUCUAAGUAUCUUUCUGCAAAGAUUAAAGUCACAGUGCGAUAUCAUUGUACUAACAGAAUGUUGGCUUUCAAAUAAAAAUGGGAUUAUGCCUAUAUUACCAGGUUACAAUUACAUUAGCUCUACACUAAAUUUUAACCAGAAUGAUGGAAUCGUAAUAUAUACAAAACAAUCUCUCCAUUUUUCGAUCGAAGAGCCAACAAACCUGGAAUUUAAUUGUAUUAUUAUUAAAAUAGGCUCUGAAAUAGCAAUCGUGUCAAUCUAUAGAUCUCCUUCCAUCAGAAAUUUAGAUAAAUUUAAUAAGUCAUUAGAUAAUAUUCUACAAAAUUUGUCAUCCUUUCCAACUGUCAUCAUAAUUGGCGACCUAAAUAUUAAUAUAAAUUCUGAUAACAUUGACGCAGGUACUCAAGACUACCUAAACCUUUGUGCAUAUCAUGGCAUUUUACCUUCACACACAUUUCCAACUCAUCAAAGUGGGUCAUGUUUGGAUCACGUCAUGCUAAAAACUAGACUUCCGUGUUUAACACUUGUUACUAACUCAACAAUCACAGACCAUUCCGCAAUUUUGCUUACGCUUGAAUUAAAUCGGACUCAACAUUUUUCGCGUCCGCAGCAAAAAUCGCGACUCAAUAUGAUUAAUCUGGGACGUGAUUUAUGCAAUAUUGACUUUAGUCCAGUUUUUGAUUCUGCUGAUGCUGACGAAUCAAUGGAUUAUGUUAUUAAACAUGUACAACUAUCUAUCUUAAAUAAUACUAACACAAUAACCUUAAGUAAGAAAAAUUGCACCAUAAAACCGUGGAUAACGGAGGGACUUGUCAGGUGUAUACGACACCGCGAUAGACUACACAGAAAAGCCAAACAAAACCCUAAUAACUUAAUUAUCCAGACAACAUAUAAAAGAUAUCGUAAUUUCUGCAAUAACCUCUUAAAACGUAUAAAAAAUGAAUACGACAAAUCACAAAUAGCUCAAUCCGGAAACAAUCCCAAACAACUGUGGAAAUAUAUUAAGUCAGUCACAUUCAUGACGAAGCAAAAUAAUUGUGACACUGAUUUAUUGCAAACGGAUCAAACCCCGCUAUCAUCAGCUAACAACGCAAAUAGUUUCUUUGCUAAUAUUGGUGUGAGGCUAGCGGAAAACAUUCAAAGACAGUGUUAUAAUGACCUCAAUACUACGAUACCAUCUCCGAGGCCAUGUAUUGGUAGUGGAAAGUCUUUUGUUUUACUAGAACCGGACGAAAGUGAAGUAGAACGAAUUAUUAUAUCUUUAAAAAAUAGUCCUGUGACAGGGUGGGAUAAUAUCAGCACUAAUAUACUAAAAACCUUUAGGAACAUACUAAUACCGCCACUAACUCAUAUUUUUAAAAUUUGCUUUUCUAGUGGUACAUUUCCUAAAUGCCUCAAGAAAGCAGUAGUAAUCCCUAUCCAUAAAUCUGGUACAAAGGACUUGGUAAAUAAUUAUCGGCCUAUUUCUAUAUUGCCGUCAAUCUCUAAAGUUCUUGAGAAAAUUAUAAAUAAUAGACUAGUCUCGUAUCUCGAAAAUAACUCCCUUAUAUCUAACAAGCAAUUCGGCUUUAGAGCCAAAUUAUCGACAGCUGAUGCAGUACAUACAUUAACUGACUAUGUAUCAGGAGAGCUUGGACAAAGUAAGCAAGUAAUGGGAAUUUUCCUUGAUUUAGCAAAAGCUUUUGAUACGGUAUCUAUCCCAUUGCUACUAGACAAACUGGAGGGGUUGGGAAUAAGAGGGACACAGUUGGAACUUUUUAGAGACUACUUGCGGGAUAGACGGCAAUGUGUAAAAAUAGGCAACGUCAUUAGUUCCGAAUUACUGCUACCGCUAUAUGGAAUUCCACAAGGGAGCGUACUCGGAGGAACCCUAUUUCUGGUAUACAUAAAUGACCUAUGUAACCUCAAACUACAGUGUGGCACUAUUGUAUCAUAUGCGGAUGACACUGCUCUGCUGUUUUCAGCAGGUUCUCUUACAGAAGUUCAAAGCUGUGCACAGCAAGGGUUUGAUGUCGUAAAUAAUUGGCUUAAAAUAAAUCUACUAACAAUAAAUACUGAUAAGACAAAAUUUAUAAAAUUUAAUAUGCGUAAACCUCUAGCACGUAAUGAAUUUCACUUGUAUGCGCAUAAAUCAGAAUGCUCAAUCGUGACUAACGCUUGUACCUGUCCGGAAAUUGUAAUAACAGAUAACAUUAAGUAUCUAGGAGUUAUUCUAGAUGAAACCCUUUCCUUUAAACAACAUAUCGCUGCAUUAACAUCUAGAGUUCGGAAAUUGAUAUUUGUUUUUAAAAAAUUGCGGCUUAUUGGUGAUCACAAGUUAAUUAUUCAAAUUUAUAAAGCCCUGUGUCAAUCGAUAAUCCAAUACUGCAUUACUUCUUGGGGCGGAAGUGGAAAAACAUUGAUACUUCCAAUCGAACGAGCGCAAAGAGCCAUCUUGAAAGUCGCCACGCACAGACCGUACCGCUACCCCACAGGCUUACUGUAUGAGUCUAGUAAAGUGCUGACAGUGCGACAAUUAUUCAUACUAUCCACUGUACUAAAACAGCAUACUACACUUACAUAUGACGCUAACCUCACUAACGCCAAGAGACGGAAAGAUAUUGUCUGUACUGCUAGCUAUGAAUCAAAGUACGUAUUUACACAUAGAUUUUUUGCAUUUUUAGGGCCAUAUCUGUACAAUAAAAUUAAUAAAGAAACCUUGGUUUACAAUGUAAAUUACA